AUGGCGUUGAAGGCGCAGCCGCUGCUCAAGUUCUCUGACAACUGCGCGACUUUGGCCCCGGAGGGAGCUGAGCUGGUGCGAGCGCUGCCAGGACAGAUUUGCCCAAUCAUCUUCGUGGGCGAUGGCCGGAGCGGGAAGUCCUACUUGGCUUCCUGCUUGGUUGGCGCCGAAGAUGCCUUCACUUCCAGCGACUCCGCAGAGUCGGUCACGGAGGGAAUCGACGUCGUGGCGGUUCCCGUGAGCCAGCUUUCGGAGGCGAGCGGGCCGGAGCAUCUCUUGGUCUUUGACUGCGAAGGCGGCAACAACGCUUUGGCGGCCAUUCGGACCCUUGUGAACGUCUUCGGCUUGCUGCUGGGGAGCCAGGUGGCCUUCGUGGCGAACGGCAUGGCCACGGAGCAGGCGCUGCAGACGCUGGGCAUGUCGCUGGCCGCGCGGUCCCUGGUGCGCCUGGAGGGCGCGGAGCUCCCAAAGCAGGAGCUCGUGUUCGUGGUGAACAAAAACACCCUGCGCUACGAAGGCUCUGCACUCGAGAAGAUUCUGGAGCAGAAGUUUGACGACCCCGGGCGUCAGGAGCUCCGGGACACCGUCAGGGAGUGCUUCCCUGAACGGAGCUUCUUCACGGUUCCGCUGAUGGGCAUGCCCGCCUUCGAGGAUUCCCUGAAGUCCCUGCGCGCGCAUCUGGUGGACCGCAGGAAGCCCCUGCAGAUGGGCGGCAUGCCUGUGAGCGGAAGGCAGUUGGCUGGGGUCAUGGAGCUCAUCGUGGCCGAAGUGCAAGCCACGCAGGAAAUCUCCCUGCCCUCCAUGAACAGGUAUGUCAUCUUCGAAGGCUUCCUGUUGCCCCUGACCAAUGACCUGGUGGACUUCGCGCAAGGGCAACUGCCCGAAGUGGUGGACUACGACCCCUGCCUGGCGGAGAGGAACCCCAUUGAGAGAAUCCUGCGGCGCUUUGACGAGUCGAGUGCACACGUGGGCAACGUUACACUGAAAGCAGAGGCUCGGCAAUUGCUGGCAACGAAGCUCUGGGACCUGUGGCACUGGGUGGAGGCAAAGAGCGAGGCCUUGGGGAACGAGGUGUGCGACACCGUCCAAGAGGCGCAGGAGGUGGAACUCAGCCGCUCCAAGUCGGUGGUCGGUGGCUACGGGCUGCUCAAAGAAGUCGUCGUGACAAAGCAGCUGUUUCGGGAAGAAGGGCGUACUGUCCUUCACAGGAAGAGAGGUGGCGACCCAGAGCGACUGCCCUGGAAGACGCUUGGCACCACCGUGACAAGGACCAAAGAGUCGGCCUUCGACUUGCUGCCAUCCUUGCCCAUCCUCAAGGGCCUCCUGUACAAGUCGAGCCCCAACCGAAUGCGCGUCUUGCUGCGGGCCUUCCGCUGGGACCGGCAGCCGCGUCAGUGCGUGGUGCAGGAUGGCCACUUCCUUUGGUUCGACAGUGAGGUAGGUGAGGGAGCCGAGGGAGCCGAGGGAGGCGGACGCGCAGGAAGCGCAGGAAGCGGAGGUGAGGUCCAAGCCAAGGGCUGCAUCAACUUCCUGAUGCACCGGGCCGCGGUGUCGCGGCAUGGCGACUCCUUCGUGAUCCGUCCGGCGGAGGCCACGGGCUGGCAGGACCCCUCGUCCUUCACCGGGGACGCCUUCCGCAGCUUCUCCUUCGCCGCGGAGUCCGAGGCGCACUGCGCGGAGUGGGUGGACGCCGUGGAGCGCCACAUCCACUUCGCCGCCCAGGCCGCGGAGCAGCUCGGCCCCGAGCUGCCACGACACGUGAGAGUGUACAAGCCCACAUGGGCUGAUCUGGAAACAUAG